AUGUCUACAUCAGGAAAUUAUUAUGAAUAUUUUAUUUUGAAUAUCGAUGUUUCCGUAAUACUUUAUAGGUCUACAACCCUAUCACAGUUAGGAUAUUGUCAUGAGGAUUUUCAUAGUGGAAAUAUCUUACAAGGUGAUAAUAAUUCUUAUAUUUCAGAUUUUGGUUUAUCUGGACCAGCAGACAAGCAAAAAUCAGAUGAUCGAAUAUAUGGAGUAUUACCAUAUAUCGCUCCAGAAGUCUUGAAUGGAGAUCCAUACACUUUAGCUUCUGAUAUAUACAGUUUUGGUGUAAUUAUGGCUGAAUAUUCAUCUGGAAACUCUCCAUUUUAUAAUAGAAAGCAUGACUUAUCUUUAGCCUUAGAUGUUUGUAAUGGACUUCGUCCAGAAUUUGGAAAAGGAACUCCUGAAUUUUAUAAGAAAUUAGCUUAUAGGUGUAUGAAUGCAAAUCCAAAUCAAAGACCAACGAGCGAUGAGUUGAUGAAUAUAUUGUAUUUUUGGAAACGUAAGAUCCAAUAA